UUUUAUUUUUAUUUUUAUUUUUGCUGACACAGCUUGUUACACGUGUUUUCUGUUUUUAUCACCCUGCAGCUUUCUCGCUUUUGGGCAUACAAUCCGCGGGCACACAGAAUAAAUCUCGCACUUGAUCAGUAAAAAAAUCUAAAGGGUGGAAAAAAUAAAUACAAUCCAGAAAGAGAAGAAAAACAAUCUGGAUUGUCCUCGAGCCAAAAGAGAGAAUUUUGUUUCGCAAAAACAAUGUCGUCGCAUCGCAGCAACAGCAGAAAUAAAACCACAUCGAGCCGGUUAGUCUCUUUGACCAGCAAACCAGUAGCAGAACCAACAUCUGAUUUCCAACAAUCUUCCGAGGGAGGAGGACAAACCGACACAGAGCCUUUUUCUCCCACCUCACCUCGUUCUUCCUUCCAAUCAGCACGAAUUUCAACACGUUCAAAUCCACUCCUCCGCCUUGCAUCUUACAAUUCAAAUUCCACCAACAGCACAGCCACUUCCAAACACACCGCAUUUUACACCGCGCACAGCCACCCCGUAACAUACACCACCUCUUACCACACAGCCGACGAGUUUGAAGUUGGCCCGAGCCACCAGCACCUAAUAGAAAUGACCCAGAACACAUUUGGAGAUAGCAGGAAGGAGCUGGGACGCGCGGAGUACAAUGAGGACGAGGAGCUGGUCAACGCUAUGGCGAGACAGUAUGUUUUGGACGCUGAGGCUGCCGGAUCAGCAUCGCCGUCGCAUAGGUCAAGGCAGAACACGGAUGCUAGCCGUAUGGCCACCCUCCAUAGCAUUGACGCGUCGGAGGAGGAUUUCCCACCGCAACUGCCGCUGCUCAAGCAUAUGGUCGACCAGCAGCAGCAGCAGCACGCUAAUGCAGGCAGCCACGUAGUCAUGCCCAUGCCAAUGCCUGCGGAGGCAUACGCAUGCACAGACGAGAAGCACGCAGUCGGCUCACCACUAGGCCGCAACAACCGGGCUGACCAAGGCAGAAGCGGGUCAGUCACCACAGGCUACGACGAGGACUACGAGUCCAACGGCGGCAACAUUGGCAAUGGGCCCCGGGCACUAAGCGAGAGGCUGCGCGACGAAGAAGUCGAGGAUGACGCCAAUGAGGCACGCCUCUUUGUGUCUGCUCGCCAGAGAUACCCACCUCCUAAAUACUCGUACAGCGCUGAUUCGUCCGUACCCUUGGGCGCAAUUCUGUUCUUGCUCGGCUUUGUUCUCCUGCCGCUUUGGUGGAUUGGAGCUGUGUUUCCGCGCACGCCUAAUUCAGAUGUUGUGCGUACUUGGCGCAAGUACAAUGCGCUAAUGACCCUCCUGUCACUGCCGCUUCUGGGCUUGUUCCUGGCCCUGGGUGGAUGGCAGGCUGUCCACGGCUGAAUUUCUGCUUUUUUUUAUAAACAAACUAAUCUUUUCUCAAUGUAUAAAAAAAAUCUCGUCUUGUAUUUCUCCCAAAAA